AGUCAUUAAAAUUUUUUAAUCUACACUUGAAUUAACAUAGAUAUAAUGCUUUUUAAAUUGAAUAAGUUAUAUGGAUAAAUGGUUAUAACAUAGUAUCGCACAAACAUAAUUAUGCAUGUAUGAAAUCAAAAAAUGGGUAUGAAGCCCCAUUAGAAAUCCCCCGGCCCCCAGAUUCUUGACAAAAAAUGUGCCCAUGUUUGCCUGUCAGGGGACAUACUUUGACAUCCUGUAUAAUUUAGCUUAGUGAUAGGGUGUAUAUAUAAUAAACAUAGGAACUUUUUAAAAUGACAACUUUUUGUCAAACGUCAAACAUUUUUUUAAAAUUACCGUGUACGCCUAAUCCAUUAUGGAUAUUCAAAUUGGCUAACUAAGUAGUAUAUGUUAGUGGUGGGGAGACGUUUCAGAUUCGGUGGGGGGCUGUUAUACAAGGGCAAACCAAGUUCAUUAGAUAAGUUUACUAGGAAGAUACGUUUGAAGGAAAAAGAAAAAAUGGUGUACUUGACUGUAAACGAUCGCGAUGUCGAAUCUAACAUUCAAAUGGAUGCUGGGGUACUACCACUGCAACUUGGGGCUGCUGAAGCAAUCUCGCACCUUGAUCACAUGUGCGCACUUGACAUAAACUCCAGAGCUUCCUACGUACGACUUUCUGGUAUAAUAUGUACUAUUGGGCCUGCUUCAAGGGAUCCAGCUAUGCUGGAGAAAAUGAUGGAUGUAGGCAUGAACAUUGCCCGUCUGAACUUCUCUCAUGGUUCGCAUGAGUACCACGCGGAAACUAUUAAGAAUAUCCGUACUGCCGUUGAUAAUUACAGUAAGAAGAUUGGUAUGCCUUACCCUCUCGCAAUUGCGUUGGACACCAAAGGACCUGAGAUUAGGACUGGUUUGCUAGAAGGGGGUGGCUCUGCUGAAGUGGAGCUGAAGAGAGAUGAAACCAUCAAACUAACGACAGACAAGGCAUACGAAUCAAAGGGCACAAAGGAUUGUAUCUAUGUAGACUAUGAUAAUAUCCAGAAGGUAGUCAAGCCUGGCAACAGAAUCUAUGUAGACGAUGGUUUGAUCUCUUUAGUUGUACAAAAUAUUCAAGGAUCAUUCUUGACGUGCAAAAUUGAAAAUGGUGGAAUGCUUGGCAGCAGAAAAGGUAUUAAUCUCCCCGGAGUACCAGUAGAUCUUCCACCAGUCUCUGAAAAAGAUAAAUCUGACUUGAAGUUUGGGAUUGAACAAGGCGUAGACAUGGUCUUUGCUUCGUUCAUUCGAAACGGUGCUGCUCUUAGUGAGAUUAGAGGAAUUUUGGGAGAGCAGGGAAAGAAGAUCAUGAUCAUAUCGAAAAUUGAAAAUCAACAAGGUAUGACAAACUUGGAUGAAAUCAUCGAAGCAUCUGAUGGAAUAAUGGUUGCUAGAGGAGACUUGGGCAUUGAAAUACCCACAGAGAAAAUCUUCUUGGCGCAGAAGUCUAUGAUUGCUAGGUGCAACAAGGCUGGCAAACCAGUAGUUUGUGCCACACAAAUGCUGGAAUCUAUGGUUAAGAAGCCUAGGCCAACCAGAGCUGAGAGUUCUGAUGUAGCUAAUGCUGUUUUAGAUGGUGCCGACUGUGUCAUGUUGUCCGGAGAGACCGCCAAGGGCGAUUACCCCCUGGAAUGCGUCCAAACCAUGGCAAGCAUCGCCAAGGAGGCCGAGGCGGCCGUAUGGCAGAAGCAGCUGUUCACCGACCUGACGAACAACGCGAAACCCCCGCUAGAUGUCGCUCACACUGUGGCCAUCUCCGCUGUAGAGGCGUCAUUUAAGAGCCUCGCGUCGGCCAUCAUCGUCAUCACGACCUCAGGCAGGUCAGCGUACCUCGUGGCCAAGUACAGACCGAGGUGUCCCAUUGUAGCGAUCACCAGGAAUGCUCAGACCGCCAGACAGUCGCAUAUCUUCAGGGGUCUGUUGCCGCUCAUCUACGAUUGUGACCGCGACGAAGACUGGCUGAAGGAUGUGGACAACCGCGUGAAUGCAGGUAUCAAGUUUGGCAAACAACGCGGCUUCAUCAAGAGCGGCGACCCCGUCGUCGUGGUGACCGGAUGGAAGCAGGGCAGCGGUUUCACCAACACCAUGCGCGUAGUGUACGUUUCCGACGAGGUCUUUAGCAUAUGCCUGGGCACCUGCGCCAAAAACAAAUAGCGUUGGGACAGCACUGCUCGCAAGCAUGCUAUUGCGCAGGCGCUCUGUGUGUUUUGUCGCUAGCUGUGUCUGAAUGCAUCUUAGGGUAGUUUGUUUCGAUGCGUUAAGACCACCUGUAAAUUGUGUUGCGAACAUAGAGAUCUAGUGCAGACUUCUAUGUUUCUCAUUGUUCAAAUUCCAAUUUCACUUAAUUUAUGUCGUAUUAUUCCUAAAACUUCUGAUGAUAAAAUUAUUUUGGGUAUUUUAAAGGGUGUAUACAGAAAUACAGGACAUUUAUCAAUCACUCUCCAGUGAUAUAAAAAAGUGUGUCCAUCACUAUAUUGCGUAUUAUAUUAGUAUAGGAAAUCCCUUACAUAGUUACCACGAAAAAGGGUGAGCCAAGACGCACAGAACACAAAAAUCUUCUUAAAGCUAGUAACUUGAGAUUUUUAUUGCUCCCUUCCCAUUAUAUUAAAAUGUUUACACAGAAGCCGUUUUGGUGGUUGUUAACGCUACGAACUGAAUACCUAUGCAUGAUAAAUUGUCAAUCUUUUUUCAUUAAACCUAAUUGAACUUUUGUUUUUAUUUGCUUUUUCAGCUGAUUAAUAUGUUUCACACUAAAAACACUUUUCUGAGAAGAGAAAUUUAUACUCAUUAAGUCUUUUGGGGUUUACAUACUGAUAUGGGUGAAAAAUUACUAGCAAAAUUUCACGGAAUGCGUUAUGUGCAUUAUUUCCAGUGAGUUCAAGUUAUACGUGAACGAAGAGUAGCUACGAAGAAAAAAGAAAGCUUUUCAUUUACACAGCACCAAACUCUGUAUGUGAACUGUAUGGUGCUUUCACGUCAAGGUAAACUAAAUAUUGGAUUUUGCAAAAUAUAAAGGGUUUUUCAAUAAGUGCGUCUGAAAUUUAAAAUUGUACAAAACCAGUUGCGUGCGACAUAGGAUGGAAACUUUAAUUGCGUAUCAAAGUACAUUCAAUACUAUUACGUUGUAAAAAUUACAUCAUUCAAAUAGCCUCCGCGGCUCCAAUAGUUUGAAUGAUGUUCUCCAGUUGGUGAAUUGUUGUUGGUUUGUUGUCAUAACCAGCAACUUAACGUAAAUCCAGAGAAAAAAGUCAAAGGGCGUUAAGUCGCACGAUCUUGGCGGCCAUUCCACAUCGCCUCUUCUGAAAACAACAUGCCCUGCAACCUUUUCUUGCAGCAACUGCAAGUCAGAUCAGCCAGAAUAAUCAUUUUAGGCUACUAUUGCAUGUAAAGGACUGGACUGUCCAUAACAAAUUUGAAGGGUCAAUUGUCAUCAUCAUGUUAGGCACUAUUUGGAGAUAUACUUUCAAAAAACACUUGAAAUUAGAUUUUUGUUCAGUUAUUCAAAUUUCCUGUGGCGUACUUCAGAUGCAUCUUUCUCCGUAGGGGAACUCCCUAGAAUGUUUUUUGUAUAAGAACUUGUAAUUAAAGCCGAGAGAUUCCAAACAUUGCUUAUACACAUUUGUGUUGAAGAAACAGGAUAACUCUUUUGCUUUUACUGUAAGUAUAUAAAAACUAACCAUAAUCUGGUAAUGUGUGCUUUGCAUUAUUAAUGUGCUUAUUAAUGAAUCGAAACUGCAUGGGCAUGCUUAGAAUUUAAACGCGGUAUGAUACUAAUUAUAUGUUCUUUACAGGACUGUCCAAUAAGACUUCAUCAUCACUCAGAAAACAAGUUGAAUAUUUCUAACAAUAUUGUGAUUCGGAUUAUUUAUUUAUACUAUCCCGAAAUAUACAUAUAUACAUAUAUUGAUUUAAUGGAGUAUCAGAGUAGUAUUAAAAAACAAAAUAAAUUUAUUUUACAAACAGUAA